AUGAAGCAAUCAAGAAAGGUUGCCAAAGUUGCCUAUCAAGGACUAAAGGAGUUGGUUAAAUUUGGAAAGUUUGCUAAGCUUGAAGACACUCCGGUUGUUAGUUUAAUUAAUGUUGAGAUUGCCGAGGAACACGUGUCACCUAUGUCAAAAUUUCAAUUAACCUUUGAAGAAAUUGAAAGCAUCUCAAUCCCAGAAGAGGAUGCAACUGUCAUACCUCCGACUGUGACUGAAAGAGAUCGUGACAUAAUUGUGCAAUCCUCUAUACCAACCCCUGAACAGGCAGAUGCUCUUGUUGCAGAACUUCAGUGA